AUGACUCUGUGCAGAUUGCGCACGGAUUUGGCUGCUUGUUGCCGCUGCAUCGUCAAGCCCAUUGUCCCACCAAUUCGGGUGACAGUGGAGGUGGUCCCUGAAGGCAAUGGCACUUGCUUUCUCAGGUUUUACUCCAUGGCAGGAGACUUGAAGCUCGUGGUUCAGAACAAGUCCAUGCGGAGCCGAUGGGGUCCAGUCCUCAAAGAUGCCGCUCGGAAGAUGGGAAGGACGAAUAUGGACUACCGCAGUGUUACCUUCCUGACUUUGAAUGGCGUGGAAAUCAGUGAGCAGCACCAUCACGAUGUCAUCGGUGAGGAUUUGCCUUUGCCAGAAAGACCUCAAGAUCCUCGAAAGGAAGGCAAUGCUCCUAAAGACCGACCACCAUGGAAAAAUCUUCCCAGGGGCAAGUUCACCGAGAUUACUAUGGAAUGUUCUGAUUCAGCUUCUUCGAUUGCUGCCUACAAGAAACGAGAUUCUGCAGGAACUCUACUGGUGGACAUAGCUAUGUCGGAUGCUGGCGGAGGCAAGGCUGAGGAACCAUGCCAUGAACCAGCUGCAGCCUCUUCUUCGAAACCGCAGGAGGACAGUUUUAGUGAGGACAAGCCCAAGACUUUGGAAGAGCUUUGGAACGAAAAACCAGAGCCAGCUCCAACCCACGUGUCUAAACUGACUUCUGAGGAGGACAUUGCUGAGUUGCCCAGUGAUGAAGAACCUUUGUUCUACGCAAGUGCAAAGAAGAGUGCUCGACAGAAGACUCGAGAACAAACAGGUAGGAACCGACGUCGAGCUGGUAAGGACAAGGCUUAUCAUCAACGUUGGCAGUACGAACCGGUGAUGCAGCUCCGCUCUUGGUUGACGGGUGCAUUGACCUUCUUCUUCCUCUCGGGUGUCCUUCAGGGCUGUCGGGAGGAAAGCACCACGACCACCCAUGGAGACGAUCACGAUGAUCACGAUGAUCACGACGGCCACACCCACACGGAUACCGUGACCAUGACGACCACGGCUCCGUGUAAGCCUCAGUCCAAAAAGGCGGAAGUUGAGGUGGAAGUUGAUGCAGACAUGGUCGAGGAGAAACUGGAGGAGGAGGCGAGGCCGCCCUCGGUUUCGGUCAGAAACACAUCCAGCCCUGAUUUGAAGGAUUUGAAGGACGACGACCCCAACUAUACCGCGGGCUUGACUUUGUGGAACCGUUGGGCCACCGAAGACGGUUCCACCGUACCGCAGGAUGAUCCAGAUGAUCUUGAUGCCACCAUGGAAGAGGAGGCCAUCAGGUUCUUUGAGUUGCCAGUGGAGAGCACUGGGGGUCGCCGAAGGCGUCUGCUCGCACAGUUCUGUGAGAACACCAAGCACCUAGACGCCUGGCUGCGUCGUGUGGAGCCGCCAGCAGCGAAUCCGGAACCCAGUGAUGUAAGCGAGCAAAGCAGUAGCAGUCAAAGAAGGCCUCCAUAUUCGAGAAAAUGGCCCCGACAGAUGCUGAUCAAAGGAUCAGUGCGCAAGGGCUAUGGCAUCAGGAAGCCUCGAAGUCACGCUGAGCUGUCUGAGGAGCUUCACCUCAGCAGGGAAGAAGACGACAUGAUGGUGCAAUGGGAAUCCCGAUGGCGAGAACAGGAGUUGGAACAUCAACACCUUGAAGAAGCUCGUGCACGUGCAGCAGGUGUUUGGUGUCGAACCCCUUCCUUUGGGGCAGAGGCUGCUUCCCCAUCUUCGGAGCAGGACGACUUCGCCGAUGAGGUCCGUGCCAUCUGCGGCGACGCCUCCCUGGAGUUUGCAGCGCCGGAGGGCAAGCAGCGGGUCACCAUCACAUUACCCUGCAGUCCUCUCCUGACUAUGGCUGAAGACGAGGAAGACGAGAUCGCAAAGCAUGAAAUGAGCCGAGAAGAACGCCUCAUGCGCUUCUGCCCCGAGGUGGUGAAUCCCGCCUUCUCCCAGGAAGUGAAGGCAGUGCUGCAAAAGAGCCUGGUCCGUGGGGCCAGUAAGGUGUUGGCGGAACACCGGGGGCAUCGCCUCAACUGCGAGCGCUUCCGGAGGAAGGCGGAGAACGAGGAGUUUGUGAUCGACGAUCAACGAGGCUUGCGCCUGGCGAUGCAUCUGCAUGCUCGGACGCAGCAACACUAUCGUCGAGGCUGUCCGGCCACCCCUCCGUUGCAAGGCAUCACCUUGAGGCCUGGGAGCGUUGCCAGACAAAGUCCUGACUUCAGAGGUCUGCGGCAGGCGCUUCCGGGUAAACCAGCCAUCAUUGCGGCCAACCGAAAGCGCAAGAAGCCUGCGCGACAGGUUCAAUCUCUCGAACGCGGCGCUCGAGAGAGGCCCAGUACCAGUCGCUCCAACUCACCACGCCUGUUCGAGCCGGUCCUUUGUAGCUUUGAGUGCCGCAACUGGCGUGCGGCGUCGCCGCUGCAAGUUCGACUGGAACAGGAAGAGGGCGUGGUGCUGGGUAGCCAGUGGCGGGACUUUCUGGAGGAACUACGCCUGAACCGUGGUCAUGGCCGAAAACCGAAAGCGGCGGCUUCGCCCAUCAGCAGGAAGCAGACUGCGCAGGACCUGGAAAUGUCAGACGAAGAGCAGCUGAAGUCCAAGGAAUCCUUGGAAAGCGGUAAAGUACAAGACUGUCCCGAUGCGCAUGCGUACCACUUGGUGCGCCAAGGCCGCUUGGAGGCGCUGGCACGCUGGGGAGGUCUGCAGUUUGUACGGCCCUGCAUGCUUCGUCAGUUGCUGUUCUACGUUGCCCGGAAUGGCUCCGUACGCAUGCUGCAGCUGCUCCUGGAUGAAAUGUGUAAAAAUCACCCAGACGCCUUGCACUGGCGAGAGGCCGGGGCGCAAGGCGGAGGUGCAACACUCCUCCACGCAGCUGCUGAGGCUGACAUGUUGACCAUGUGCGUUCUCUUAGAGGACUUGGGUGCGGAUCUGGAGGCAACAGAUCAGAAUGGCAAACGACCUUGGGAGGUUGCUGGGCCGUUUUGCGCAGAGACCUUCAAUAACUACGGCUCUUUCAGGGGUGAUGACAGGAGUCCCUUGGGAAGUACCUUGCGACUCACGAGCACGUUGCAGACCAUAAGUGAGAAACCUAUGUCCAGAACAACAACACGCGGGCUCUCCCACACACAGAGCGGCCGAUUCCAAUGA